AAACUUUUUCUCCUCUUUUCUCCCAUUCAUUAAUAAAAUUUUACCUAUAUAUUAUAGAUAUUGUUAUUACUUUACACCAUGCUUAAGAAAAAUGGAAAAUUAAAUCGCACAAAUUCUCCUCAACAAGGUGACCUCUCUUGGGAAGACAAUGAAUAUGGUCAAAUUGUCGAAGAUGUGAAAAGGGUUUAUAAGUCAAAGAUCAAACCCUUGGAAGUUACAUACAACUUUGAAGGAUUUCAUUCUUCUCCUUUGACUGAAGCAGAUAUUGAAGCAAAACCUAUUGUUUUAUUGAUUGGACAAUAUUCUACUGGUAAAACUACAUUUAUCAACUAUCUCUUGGAUAAGUCAUAUCCUGGUGAACAUAUUGGUGUAGAACCUACAACAGAUAGAUUUGUGGCAGUAAUGAACAAUGAUGAAGAACGUGUAAUACCCGGUAAUGCGGCGGCAGUGAAUCAGCAACUUCCAUUUCAAGGACUUAAUCGAUUUGGUCAAGCUUUUCUAUCACGUUUUCAAGUAUCUCAAACCAACUCACCUGUAUUAGAAAAUAUGACUAUCAUUGACACACCUGGUAUUCUGGCUGGAGAUAAACAACGAAUCGAACGUGGCUAUGACUUUACCGAAGUGAUUGACUGGUUUGCUCAACGUGCAGAUUUAAUCCUAUUACUCUUUGACUCUCAUAAAUUGGAUAUCUCAAAUGAAUUCAAACUUGCCAUUCAUUCACUCCGUGGUCAAGAGGAAAAGAUCCGUGUCGUAUUGAACAAGAGUGAUAUGGUCAGUCAACAGCAAUUGAUGCGCGUCUAUGGUGCGAUGAUGUGGUCUCUGGGCAAAGUUGUGCAAACCCCCGAAGUUAUGCGUGUUUAUCUGGGUUCCUUCUGGACAGAAAAACCUCCCAAUUGCUUUGAAGAUUGUCGCGAGCUUAUUGAAGCCGAAUCCAAAGAUCUAUUACGUGAUUUGAAGAACUUGAGGCGAAAUGCUGCUAUCCGAAAAGUCAAUGACAUUGUCAAACGAGCUAAAAUUGCUAGGGUUCAUGCUUUGAUUAUUGGUCAUCUCAAAAAAGAAAUGCCAUCCAUGUUUGGCAAGAAAAAGAAAAGUGCAAAGUUAUUGGCAAACCUCGACUUGGAAUUCCAAAAGAUUCAACAACGGUAUCAUCUUCCUAGUGGUGACUUUCCAAAUCCUGAAAAAUUCAAACAAAAUCUUUCCCUUUAUGAUAUGGACAAGUUUAAGAAUUUGAAAGAAGAUUUAUUAUCCAAGGUGGAUGAUGCACUAUCGAACGAUCUUCCUAGGAUCAUGUCCCGUUUUCCUACUGGUAAUCCUGAACUGGCUGAAUCACAACGCAAUCCAUUCGACAUGGCUGAUGAAUCUCAACAACAAAUUAAUGGACAAUUACCGGCAUCAUUCUGGCAGUUUUCUUCUAUUGAUAAGAAUAGUUACUACCCUGUAUUCCAAUCAUCACAUCCUCGCGAUGGCAAGAUUAGUGGAGGUGCAGUGAAACCUAUUUUGAUGGAAAGUGGUCUUCCAAAUGAUGAUCUGGCAAAAAUCUGGAGAUUAGCUGAUUGGGAUGCGGAUGGUUAUAUGGACUUGGACGAAUUCUCUGUAGCAAUGCAUUUGAUCAAGGCUGUUCAAGCUGGUGCUCCUUUACCUGAAAAACUCCCCUCUACUCUUAUGCCAUCUAGAAAAAUUUAGACUCUGUUCCCUU